UGUGUGUGUGUGUGUGUGUAAUCGGCAAUCUUGAGUAUACAUGCAUUUGUGUUUAGUACGUUCAGCCCUCCUCCUCUAGGAUGGGCGUGAUUGCCCUUCAAGGCACAGCAAGCCCAUAGAACAGAACUUCCUCCCUACUCCAGGACACCAGCAUGGGGCAGAGAGGCAAGCGGUCCAUAUCUCUAGUGUUCAACCUAGAUUUAAAAGCUUUAUGAGUGGUAACGUGUAUUGUAUCAUGACUGUGGAUGGCAUGGAUCCUCCACGCUGAAGCCUGUUUAUUGUUUAUUUUUUCCAAUCAAAACCUUUGAGACCCCGUUCUGAAGAGGGGGAAUGGAACAUUCUUCGCUGGGAUCACGGCCCUGCACCUCCCGUGUGAAGAUCUACCUGAUCUCCAACCCAGAAGAUUCGGUGGUGGAGCGCAGGGCAUUGAGGGAGACUGUGUUCCCCAGACUACGAGAGCACUGCAGGAACACGCAUGGACUAGAUCUCAUGGUGAUUGACCCGUGUGAGUCCAGUGAUCCAAGGAGAUGGCCAGACCAGAGGACCAGGCAGCAGCUGAUAUACGAAUGUCAAAACAACUCCAAUGGCCCCUACUUACUGACACUGGUGGGACAUCAGUACGGCAGGGCCGGCCUGCCUUCUCAGGUGGAGGUGACAGAGUACCAAUUGUUGCUCCAGGUGUGCCAGCAUGCAGGAAUCACGACCAGUGCCCUGGAGGAGGCUUACCUGAGGGACGAGAACUCCAUCCUGCCCUCCUAUUGUUUGCGGACGCGGGCCUGUCGAAGCGAAGGCCAUGUGGAGAGCAACGGAGAGGUAGGGGAGGAAGACCAGAGUAAGAGGAGGGAUAAAGGAGAGGAGGCGCUGAAAGUAUUUCAGACUGCACUGGGUCUUUGUGUCCGUGACGGCCUAAUGACGCAAGAGAGAGCCCACGACUAUCUAAGAUCAGAGCUCGAUGCAGACCUACGACUGGCUCUGCGGGAGGGCUCCGGUGAUGACAUCAUGAGUCGCUGCCUGGUCUAUGUUCACAGAGUCCGCAAUGCAUGCAGCCAGAAGAGUGGAAAGAAGCAGAGUCAUCCAGACCAAGACCCACUACUCACUCCACAUUUACUGGUAUAACAACCAGGGUUUUAUAGCCUAUAUAAACUACCAUCAAUCCAUCUUUGUCCACUUAAGAGCAGAUAGUACACUCCACAGCCACAGUGAGGCACUGUUCAACCACACUCUCGCCCACCUUUCGAUUACAAUGAAUGACAAGCGUAUGUAGUAGUUAGUUAGUUAUCCUCUAUUUUCUUAAUUCAGAGCUGACAUGAAGUGUGAUAAAGCUUAACCUGUAUGUGGAUAUAUCCUGUGAUUUGUUUGAUUUAUAAUACCAUAAUAGCAUAACAUGACUCCUCUCCUGUGAUUA